CUUGUGACACUGCACAGCAUGAUAUGAUAACCUUUUGUCCCAAUCAGCAAUGCUCAAAUUGUUUUUGCAAACUUUCCUUAGUAAGUAAGGGUCUGUUUUGUUGUUUUUUGUCUCAGGUCAAACCAGAGGAGACUGUACCACCCCCGGUCCUUCCAAAACCAUUAGAACAGCCACCUCCAACAACUCAAAAGCCCAAGAAGCAGGCUGUCUCACUGCCCCAGCACCAAACACAAACUCAGCAGCAGAGCCUAGCUCAGAUACAGCCUCAUCUUCCAACACAGCCUAUGACACAGCCUCAUCUACAGUCUCAUCUGCCAUCACAGCCUCACACACAAUCUCAGACACAGGUCCAACCCCAAACCCAACCUCAGCUCCACCUAAAGGCCAGCGCAAGAGUGGCCCCCACCUCUGCUGAGCCUGUUGAGAAGCCUUGGGAGGCCAUAAAGCCUGUACAGCCUUGUACAGAGUCUGAAAAGUACCAUGACAUGUACGGACCCACACCUCCUGCACCUCCUGUCCGCACCAUAGAGAGCAAAUUGGCCACAGCAGCACUCAGCCAAAGUGAAGCCUCCUACCAUAUCCUGGGUGAGGGCCCUUUGCCUGGCCAUUUGGAGGAUGCUCUGCCUCACCAUCCUCCUUCUCCUCGUAAAUCUUCCACGCACCCGCCAGCCUACCUGUACCACGCUAAAGGAGAACCAGUUUUAAUUGAACCUCCAGGAGCUGCAUACUACCACCAGAGGUCUAUUCCCCUAGGCCCACAGUCCAUUCCACACCACUUCCGACCAGACAGUGUCCCCCCACACCUCUCUUAUGUAUCCAAAUCUGAGCCUCAGAUACCUUAUAGUGCCCGACUAGACAACAGAUACAGCACUUUAGGCCCCAGGUCCUACCACCACUCUAUGAAGUCCAGAGGAAACCCUCGCAGUGUGUAUGUGUCUCCAGGGCCGGGGCAUCAGGGUUAUAGCCAUGACAGACCCCAAGGCUAUCCCACCAUCCGCAGAGUGCACUCACUCCAUGUACCUUCCACUAUCCGCUCAGUGCCCAUCCAAAGGACUGAAGUUCCUCCAGAUGAUGAUAUGUUCUUCUACCAUCGGCCCGUGUAUCAGUGCAAAGCCUACCAGCAGCCCCCGCAGCAGUCCUCACAAGCUGACUACCAUGUCACCCAGCUGCAGCCUUACUUUGAGAAUGGACGGGUUCAGUAUCGUUACAGUCCGUACUCUGGUUCCGGCCCUUUGGAAGCACCUUACUAUGACAUUGACCCUUACGGCACCAUCCGAGUCCGGCACUUCCACUCACAUGGCAGCCGAGAUCUGGGAACCGCUGCUGGCCGACCGGGUGGAAAGGCAACUGGGUACCACUACCUUGCUCGCCUUCCACCUGGGAAGGAGCACAGCUUUGUGAGCAGGGACAUGCCACCCAGUCAUGGGACCAAGGAGACUGCUGCUUACCUCGCGUGGGACCCCGAGGAGUCAGAAAGGCUCCGCAUGCACUCCAUCCGCAGGGAGAGCAGAGCCAGACAGAAGAUUAAAGGCCCUGUCCUCUCUCAGUAUGACAAUGUCGGCUUGUUUGCACCAGCAGAUAUAUCAGGUUAUGAAACCCUGCACCUGCGCAGCAAAUCUGACCCAGGUAAAGCUGUGCUGGUUGCAGCCGAAAGCAAGGAUGGGCGUUACCUUCCCAGACACAUGGUGUCAGACCCUGAUGUCCUUGUGUACAUGGAGACUGACAAGCAUGUCCAGGGCAGCACAGCAGGUGACAAGUCAGAUGGGCUCACCAAGCAAAGCAGUUCCAAGAAAUACCAAUCCUCUCACUCCCUUCCAGCUUCUCUGAGCCACAGUCUGUCCCAUCAGCAGGAGAGCGGCCGACACGAGGCCAAGUAUGAGACUGGAGAUGACAAGCUGGGUGGAGAUGGCAGCAGGUCAAAACACUGGCAGCAGGAAUAUCCCAACAAGAGGAACUUCCAACCACGGUACGAGUGCCCUGAUUCUGACCUCCACCAGAGUAAAGGGAAAACAUCAAGCAGCUACCAUAGUACAGACGACCAGCCAUCAGCCCCCAGGGAACAACACUCCCGCUCCAAACCGGAGCGAUCACACAGCAUCCGAGAGCAGCAGCACUACAACCAGGGAAACCCUGAGCUGGACAGAGAUUACUCAUAUCAGAAACACACCACUAAAACAGUGCAGUCCCACUAUGAUAACUUGGACGAUUAUCACCCAGUACCUCAGCCUCAGGCCCCUGUUCAAAAACGUGGAGGCUCUGGCUCCUAUCCGGCUCCAGGAUUCACAGUGAGCCACAACAACAGAGCAUACUCCACAGCACUGGGCCAGGGAGCCUUCAUCCAGACUGACCUGGCCAUACAGAGGCCAGAGACAGAGAUCCGUACAGAAUGAAGCAUUUAGAGGAGAAAACGUGUGGAAUUCUCUUUAGUUGUGUAGAAGAAAGACUCUAUUGAACUACGGUUGCAGCCUCUGCAGGACAGUGGACUGUUCUAUCACCAAUAUUUUUGCUCCUCUGUAUUUUUAAUGAAUUGUAAAGAAAAUUGUAAGACUUUUUACAGAAAGUCCUGAAUGUACCUGAAAUUAUUGUCCAAGAGGUCAUAUUAUUGUGAUUGAUUGAGACAGUAGCCAGUCAUAAAUGUAUAUGAUAUGAUAGAUGUAAGGUACUUUAAACAGGAACACAAAAAUGUUAAAAAAAAAAAAAAAUCUCU